CACAGACCCCUGCACACACCAUGUCUACUGACCAUAGAGUUCUUCAAAAGCUUCAGCUCUAGUGGAAAUAGCAUCAGGUCAUUUUUAACAUAGCACACCUGGUUAAACUCAGCACACUCUGGCCAAAGUCCAAACACUUCCUACUAGAGACAAGGAGAAACUAUAGAGGACUGACGUGAGGGAAGGAACAGCCAAAACACAGCAGCAGAAUGCACACCACAUAUACCAGGCAUACCUCCUGAAGUGGUAGGCCCUGGAAAGUAUAUGACCUUUUCUUUAUAAAGCUGUUUCUCUCAGGAGCAGGAAACAUAAUGGAAAGGUCUUGUCCAGGAAUCUAAUCAAAACAGAUAUAAGUAAUAUGCCUCAUCCAGAAUGUAAAACCUCAAUCAUAAGGAUACUAGCUGGGCUUGAUAAAAGCAUAGAGGACACCAGGGGAGUCCCUUAUCUCAUAGAUAAAAGACCUAAAAAGUAGGUGAAAAUGAAAAAAUGCAGUAACAGAUUUGAAACUAACUGGAUGUAAUGACCACAAGGAAGGAAGAAGCAGAGCAAUGAAUAAAUGAUAUAGAAGAUAAAGUUAUGAAAAAUAAUGAAGCCGAAAAGAAGAGGUUAAGAUAAUUUUUGGAUCACAACUAUAGACUUAGGGAACUCAGUGACUCCAUAAAGUGUAAUAACAUUUGGAUCAUAGGAGUCCCAGGAGAAGAAGAAGAGAGGGAAAAAGGGACAGAAGGUUUAUUUGAGAAAAUUAUAGCUGAAAGCUUCCCCUAAUCUGGGAAGUAAACAGACAUCGAAAUCCAGGGGGCACAGAGAACUCCCAUCAAAAUCAACAAAAUCAAGCCAACAUAAAGACAUAUCAUAGUUAAAUUUGCAAAAUAUAAAGAAAAAAAUCCUAAGAGCAGCAAGAGAAAAAGGGGUCCCUAACUUAUAAGGAAAGACAAAGUUAGCAGAUUUCCACAGAAACUUGGCAGGUCAGAAGGGAAUGGCAUGAUAUAUUCAGUGUGCUGAAUGGGAAAAAUAUGCAGCCCCAACCAGAGUGACCUGAUUGAACAGGACGCUGAGAUGCUUUAUGGAUUGAUCCAUGCCCACUAUAUCUUCACCAAUCAUGGUAUUGCCCAGAUGUUGGAAGAGUACCAGCAAGGAGACUUCGGCUACUGUUUCCGUGUGUACUGUGAGAACCAGCCAAUGCUUCCCAUCAGCCUUUCGGACAUUCCAGAUGAGGCCAUGGUGAAGCUCUACUGCCCCAAGUGCAUGGAUGUGUACACACCCAAGUCAUCACGGCACCAUCACAUGGACAGUGCCUACUUCAGCACCGAUUUCCCUCACAUGUGCUUCAUGGUGCACCCCAAGUACUGGACAAAGUGGCCUGCCAACCAGUUUGUGCCCAGGCUCAACAGUUUCAAGAUCCAUCCAAUGGCCUACCAGCUGCAGCUCCAAGCUGCCAACAACUUCAAGAGCCCAGUCAAGAUUAUUUGCUGAUUCCUCACCCCACCUGUCCUUUAGCCUUUAACAUUUCCAUUCCUUUGCUGCCACCCCUUCAGGAACUCUUUAUGGUUUUUAGUUUAAAUUAAGAGGAUCAUUAUUGUGGUGGGAAUAUGAAGUAAAGUGGAAGAAAAGGCAAAAA